AGGGGCGGGGCUUCCGCUUCCGGUGGUGGAUUGUUGACGCCUGCGGCUGCUGCGGUGGCGACCGGGGCGUUGGGGAGGGGCCAGUGGGGCAGGAAGACAGCGCCGUGACAGGACCGCCGAGGGUGCCGCUGAGGCGACCAUGGCAGAGGGGCCAGAGGAAGCCCGAGGCCGCCCUCCCGGGCAGGACGACGGCGGAGGGGACCGCGAGCCCGUCCCUUCCCUGAAAGGCCCUCCUGCCGCCGCCGCCUCACGGCCCCGGGAGGAUCCGCAGGCCGAACCCCAGGCCCCGGGCCGGCCCCCAAGCCUGGGCCUCGCGCUCGCUGCGGCCGCCACCGAGGAGCGGGAGCCGCCGCGCGAGCCCGGGAAGCGCGAGGAGGCGGCCUCCGGCUCGGGUGCGGGGCCGCAGGAGCCGGCGGGGUGCGAGGCGCCAGAGGCCGCGGCGCCACGGGAGAGGCCGGCGCGGCUGAGCGCCCGAGAGUACUCCCGGCAGGUACACGAGUGGCUGUGGCAGUCCUACUGCGGCUACCUGACCUGGCACAGCGGCCUGGCCGCCUUCCCCGCCUACUGCAGCCCCCAGCCGCCCACGCCGACCUACCUCUCGGGCGCCGGCGCCGCCCCCCAGGCCGCGCCGCCCCCCCAGCUGGCCUAUUACAGCCCCUUCUACUUCCUGAGCGCCGCGGCUGCCGGGCCUGAGCCGGGGGCGGCUCCCGGCGUCACCACCCCCGCCCCCGUCGCCGGCCUCGGACCCCGGGCUCCUCACGUGCAGGGAUCCGUCCGGGCAGCCCCAGUGACGAGGGUAGGAUCCGCCGGCCCUUCGCGAACCCCGAGCGAGACCGGGCGGCAGGCAGGCAGAGAGUAUGUUAUUCCAUCCUUGGCCCACAGAUUUAUGGCAGAGAUGGUGGAUUUCUUUAUUCUCUUCUUUAUAAAAGCAACCAUUGUCUUAAGCAUAAUGCACCUCAGUGGAAUAAAGGAUAUCUCUAAGUUUGCUAUGCAUUAUAUAAUAGAAGAAAUAGAUGAAGACACAUCAAUGGAAGACUUGCAGAAAAUGAUGGUUGUGGCUCUUAUAUACAGAUUAUUAGUUUGUUUCUAUGAGAUAAUUUGCAUUUGGGGAGCAGGUGGAGCUACCCCAGGGAAGUUCCUGCUAGGGCUUCGAGUUGUGACAUGUGAUACAUCAGUGCUUAUUGCACCAAGUCGGGUUUUAGUGAUUCCUUCCUCAAAUGUUAGCAUUACAACGUCCACUAUACGAGCUUUGAUCAAGAAUUUUUCUAUUGCUUCUUUUUUCCCUGCUUUCAUCACACUGCUGUUUUUUCAGCAUAAUCGAACAGCCUAUGACAUUGUAGCAGGAACCAUUGUGGUAAAAAGAAAUGGGGUCAGAUGAUGCCCAGAAAAGCCUGAAUUCCAUACUCGGGAAUAAUGACAAGACUAAAUUAUGUAUCAAGGCCAUCAGUAUCCCUGGGUUACAUUAAUUGAUGAUUUAGAAAUUAAAGGAGUCACUCCAGUGUGAUGCAGGUGACUAUUCUGAAAGUAUUGAUUUUACUUGAAUGCCAAAGAACUUUUUCAGAAGAAAAAUCUGUUAAAUUCAAGUGUUAAAAUUUUUAGAUCAAAAAG